AUGCGACCAAAGAGACGCGUCAAAAAUUGGGCGAAAUUUAUCACGUGUUGGCUAUUAAGGUCAUCAGCGGCUGAUCGCUUUCCUGAAAGCAAAGAGCACCCUGGCCUCAAGGGUAACAAGCCCAUAACCGACCUUCAGCCAGAAACGCCGAGUCAAGUCAAAAAACUAGACAGACUGUUGCAGACACUUGCUAUAUCACCAAAAUCUACUACAGAGUUGCGCGUAAGAUUGGAAGAGCCUCAUAGUCAACUCCGUGGAAACUGUGCUGCUAUAGAAAUCUCCAAAGGCUCCAAACGAACCCGUGUUAAAGCGAGCUGUCUUAUAGGCUGGCUCGACAAGGUCAUCUUAGGGUAG